CAAAUUCCCUCCCAACCAAACACGAAACUCACUUCUCACUAUAUAUAUACACACAUACGCAGCCACGUUAUUACCCCACACACACACAAACACAAAAGAAAAACAAAACAAAACAAAAUUCAAAAUUAAUGAUGGCGAAAACGAUGAGAAACAGUUGGCUCAGAGGCUCCUGCAUCGGCAGAGGAGCCUACGGAACAGUCAGCGCCGCAGUCGACACCGCCACCGGCCACGUCUUCGCCGUCAAGUCCGUCGACUUGGGCACGGCCUCGCCGUCGCAAGUGGAGGCGUUGGAGAGCGAGAUCACCAUACUGAGAUCGCUCUCCUCGCCUUUCAUCGUCAAGUACCUCGGAGACGACACGACGACGGAGGGCUCGCCAGCCAGGAACCUGCACAUGGAGUAUCUCCCCGCCGGCACCGCCGCCGAUCUGGCGGAUCCCGGCGAGGACGACGUCGCCUCCUACGCUUGGUGCUUGGUCUCCGCGCUCAGCUACCUCCACUCCAGAGGCAUUGUGCAUUGCGACGUCAAGGGCAGAAACGUCUUACUGGGCCCCUCCCCAGGCUCGGCGAAGCUCGCGGACUUGGGCUCGGCGAUGUACGCCUCGACUGCGGGCGGCGGCGUGGCGGCGAGAGGCAGUCCGCUGUGGAUGGCGCCGGAGGCGAUACGAGGGGAGCGGCAGGGGCCGGAGUCGGACGUGUGGUCGCUGGGGUGCACUGUGAUCGAGAUGCUGACGGGGAAGCCGGCGUGGGAUGGCUCGGUGUGCAGGAUCGGAUACUCGGACGAGCUGCCUCUGUUUCCGACUGGGCUCUCCGCCGCGGGCGCCGACUUUCUGGAGAAGUGCCUGCGGAGGGAUUACGCGCGGAGGUGGAGCUGCGAUCAGCUGCUGCAGCACCCAUUCAUAGCCAUGGGCUCGCGCAAGGAUGUAGCUGAUCAUUGGUCGCCGCGAUGCGUCUUGGACUGUUUCAGCUGUGAUUUUCACGAGGAGGAACAAGAGAAUGACGACGAUGAUGGUGAGAUCGUUGGUUUGGAGAGGAUAGGGGGAUUGGUUUCGGGGGCAGGGGAAAAUUGGGAAUCCGACGGGUGGCUGCUCGUGAGGGAGCAAUCGGACGGCGGCGGCGGCGGAGGGAUUUGUUCCGAAUAUUCUGAUUGGGUCGAGGGCCGGACGACGUCGUCUUCUUUAGGGGCAAAUUCGGGAUAUCACGCUUUCGUAAAUUCGAAUUUUGAUUUUGAUCCGCUGUAUAAGACUGGAGAAUUUAAUUGUAGUAAUAUACGUCGUCAAUGCACACAAGUAGUAGAAAUAUUGUAUGGAUUUGUAUAUGAUCAUUUGCACAUAAUAAUUUGGAAUUUUUUGUUCUUUAAUUUAAGAGAAUUCGUAGAUUUUGUGUCGGCCGACUUUAUUCAUUUGCUGUGAAAUUUUGAUUGGACUGAGUAGAAGAAAACAUAGUAGGUAUGCCUUGAGGAGAUGAGCUGUUGUCACGUGAGUAAAUCAUAAUUAUACUUAUUCUUGUUGUUCCUUUUGUAAAUAAA